ACAUGCUGACAGUCUGUUCAAGAUCGACCAGGCCAUACGAGAUUCUGGAGCGGAAGGGCUCAUGGAGGUCCGCAUCAAAUCGGACGACCGCUCGAGGCGGGCAUAUGGGUUCGCAGAGUUCCGUUCUGAGGAGGAGGCUGUGGACUUUCUCGAGAAUAACUAUCCAGCGUUUGAAGUCAACAAUGCCGACGGCUCGUCCACCCGGCUCUACAUUGAGUACAGUCGCGAGCGGAAGCAGGCACCUCCUACGGAUGACUGGGUGUGCACGAUGUGUCACUUCGAAAAUUUCUCGAGGCGAGCCACAUGCAAGGAGUGUAAAGCCCCGCGAUCCACCGAGGUGGCUAUAGACAUGAGGUUGGACGGUCAAAGUGACGAGUGUCCGCAACAGGCACCAUCUCCAUUUGUUGUUGUUCGUGGUUUAGCCUCCUCUGUCAACGAGAUCUCCUUGGCAAACGGGAUCAAGAGUCUGUACGUCGACAAAGGUACUGGACCCAAGCAAGUAGCCGGUGGACAGCCUCCGAAGCUGAAGAGCACCGCACCGGUCGGCAAUACGAGCGGACUCGGAGCCAAGCCUGGUUCCCUUGCACGAGUAUUCAUGAUCCGGGACAAAUCGACUGAAAUAAGCUGCAAUUACGGUUUUGCGGAGUUCACGACCCUGGAGGACGCCCGCGCGGCUGUCGCGAAGUAUCUCGCUAGCCCAACUUUCCUGAUCAAUUCGCGACCAGCAACCAUCGCGUUCAUACACUCUGGUGUCUUCAUUCCAUACCUGCAUCCAGUGCAAGGCGAAGAUGAGAGAUUCACAUUCACAGCUGUACACAAUCCAUCGAUGCGGCUAUCAUACUGGAAUCCAACGGUCUAUGCCAGCGAGCUGACCAUGUUUAACGAGAACCUAUACGAAGACAAAGCCGAUGAUGCCGUGUCCGCGAAGAAAGACAACGAUGCGAACGCGGCCAAAGAAUCAAAGAAGCGCAAGGCGGAUAAGGAGCUUCCUGGCCCAACGGGCAAAAAAGCGAUCGCGAUGGCGCCUCAGCUCAAGAUGUGGGCGAACAAGCAUGCGGAGCUAGCUGGUCCCAACAGUUCAAGCAAGGCCCCCGGAUCUAGUUCUGAUUUCAGUCCUGCCACGGGUGUCAACGCUGUUGGAGGGUCCACAGCCAUGGCUCUACCUGAGCCGUCAGCCGUGGUCGUCUCGUACGCUGACUUGGACGAGAUGUGCUGCUUGCUGUGUCGACGACGAUUCAAGAGCGAAUCGUCUCUGCGAAGACAUGAACAGCUCAGUGAUAUGCAUCGGGCAAAUCUAGAAAGUGAGGCGACAGUUGUCAAGGCCACACAAGACCUGAAGGCGAGAGGCAAAGAGCCUGUAUCGAACUACCGUGAUCGGGCCAAAGAACGACGAAUGGCGCACAAGAAGCGUACACAAUCGAGAGCUGCUCAUCUGCCACGGAAGGAUCAACAUGGCCCUGGAUUGGCAACAGCAUCCGACGCGGCCAAGCCCGCAGUCUCGAAAGGUGCUGGUUUGCUGGCUAAGAUGGGAUGGACGACAGGCGCUGGCUUGGGUGCGGAAGGGGGCGGCCGGACCAAUAUCAUUGAGACGUUGGCAUAUACCCCCGGAGUUGGUCUCGGUGCGGAAGGCGGAAAAGUUGGAGACGCUAUAGAAGAGGCAGCAAGGGCGACGAAGAACGACUACUCCGACUUUGUAUCCAAGGCCAAGGAUAAGGCGAGGGAACGGUACGAAAGAAUGGGCUGAGGUGGCACAGCUCAAGUCACCACCCCCGUAACUCAGCUAAAGAAUCCUAUAUUAUGGGAGCUUGCGCCUCAACGCUGCUGAAUGUACUUCCGGAAC